AUGGUUCAAUCUGAAACACCUGUUCAUAGUCAGACCAAUGCCGAAUUGCUCAACUAUACCCUUCCUGGUUUCUUGUCUUUCGUCGUGAUCGUCUACUAUUACUCCGUCUUGCACUUUGGGGAUUAUCAAGGUUUAGAUGUGGCCAUACCAGAAUUAGGAGUUCACAUCUUGCUGUCACGAGUGGUCGUAACGAUAUCGCAACUCUUUUUUACUUAUCGACUCUAUGUGUUCUCCAACCACAACAUCCCAAUUACUAUUGUUUCGAUCGUACUCUCGCUAUAUCAUUUUGGUCUCUCAAUCAUGGUGUCAACCCAUUUCAUCCAAACUAAGAGAUACUCUGAGCUUUCAUUGCUAGUAAUCCUUUACUUGCUUUACUCCGGCGCGAUCGCUGGAGAUAUGUUCCUCACUGUCGCCCUCUACCUAUUCUUGAAGACUCAAAAGACACAGUUCACCAAAACUCGAUCUGUUAUAAAUGAAAUCAUUAUGCUCUCAUUUCAGACAAGUUUCUUCACCACUGCAUUGGCCGUGGUUUCUAUCGUCAUCUUGGGUCACGUUGGUCUCGGAAUCCUGUAUGCGCUCACUCUGCCUGCCGCCCAAUUGUAUCUCCUUUCUGUGGUUGUUACACUCAAUUCACGUUCUGGCUUUGCAAAAACGCUGGCAGCAAGUAGUGACAAGAGCUUCGCAGCCACUCGCCUCCCUGCGGCUGACUCUGAGACUGUAAUGCAAAUGUUGAAACAGAACAAUAUCUUCAAUGCCACACCACUGGAAGGUGUUGGUGUACGGAUUGAUCGUGUCGUCUUUACCGACGUUGAAGCUGCUCCACCAGCGAAUACGUACUCAAAAUUCGCAAACGUUCGAGCGCCUGGCCCACCGAAAUCAAAUGAGAAAAUCUUUUCAUCAACGGAAGGCUCGCAAACUGCAGAAAAAUUGGAUGCUGAACCUCUCUAUCCUCCUUGCCAGCCCUCAAGUCCACUGAAACCGCGCUUUCUUUGA